AUGGCCGUUGAAACCGAGAUCCCCUUCACUUCGAUAAAACCUGGUCAGGUUAUUCUUGCCAGGCUGUCGUGUGGUGCUGAUGCUAUCGGAAAGGUCAUGGCCGAAAGUUUCGGCCCGAAACUGACAAUGACGAUACUGUCGCUCAUGGCUCACUAG